AUGGGCAAACAAUCUGGAAGCUCUAACUACAAGAUGGCGGAGGUGGAUCGCCUGCUGCAGCUCGUCGAGAAAUAUCUCCCGCUCGGGAAGGACGAAUGGGAGCGGUUGACAAACGACUACAACGCGACUCGCCCGCGGAGCUGGAACGAGCGCGACACUGAUAGCAUUCGUCGGAAAUUCAAGGCGAUGUACGGAGCUCGAAAGCCGUCCGGAAAGGGCAACAUUCCUCCGCAUAUCGACCGCGCCAAAGAGCUGAAGAGGGCCGUGGACCAGAAGGCCAGCGUCAUCGAAAUGGACGACUGCGCGGAUGAAGACAGUGACGAUGAGCCCGACCAAGAGAAGGAUGAAGAGCUGGAGGACGAUCGCCCUAUCUCGCCUGACUUCAGCUUCGACUACGUGUCCGAGGACACACUCUUUCACGACCGCGGUGGAGAUGGAUCUGCUGCGCUGAGUGGGGGUUCGUUUUCAGCUUUCGUCGGUAAUGAAGCUCCGACGGGGUCCGAAGGAGUUAAACCUUUCGAUGAUGGUGAAGCUAUGCGAGCUGUGAACAGCGGAGAGAUGCUAUCGCAUUUAGACGUGCGUGUUGGUGUGGAGGGUUUGGAAGCAUUUACCCCUCCAGCUCAAACCAACCCGUCACCUUCAGAUGCAGCUCCUACGCGCACCCUCCGCUCUGCCGGUCUGCGUAAACCCAAGAAGCCUCGUACCACGAGCAACAACAAGCCAAAAUCUGCAAGAACAGGAACUAUCCAGCAACCCAAGCCCACUGAAGCGGGUCGUACACGUAUCACUAGCGACAGCAACUUGCAGGCGUCUUCAAACCGCCUCGGAGGCGGGGACUUGCGUGCUUUUCGUGACAGUUUGUGGUCUAAGCGAUCCACCGAAGACGGCGAUCUGGACAGUGCCGAAGCUAGCUUCGCCAAGACGAAGCGUGUGAGAGCUCAACGGGCAACAGAGGUGCUCAGUCAGAAGCUCAGCACUAUCCAGAGCGUCUCAUCUGGUCUUAGUGGCAGUAUAAUGGAGAUGGUUCUCCUCUUGCGAGAGGAGAACGAGAUGAAGGCUGAAACGCGGCGUGCUGACGAAGAACAACGCCGUCGUGAUGAAGUGGCUGCCCGUGAAGAACGCUAUCAAGUUGAGAAGAGAGAGGCUGAAGAACGUCGCCGGCAGGACAAUCUGGAAAGAGAGGAGCGCGCCCGCCGUGACAGGGAGGAGGCGCGAGCUCGUACGCAAGAAUUGGCAAUGCUGCUUGGGGUAUUGAAGAAAGCAGAGUAG